CGCUCGACUUGGUUCCUCCCCUUUGUUUUUCUUUUUCUUUUUCCUUCCGUCUGUGCUGCUCGUAUCUUCGUGCUAAGCUUCGCCUUUCACUAUAUGCCCAUCCAGCGUUCGUUUAUGGAGCUCGAUCCGGUUGCCGUUUAGGGUUUCGUCGGAUUCUUAAUGACCAUUAGUUGGUCUGGUUAGUCCUUAACUUUUGUCAGAUAUGUAAGCUUCAGUGUGACUGCCACACAUGUUGCGUUUUAAUUUCGCCCUCUGGUGUGUUUAGAUCAUCAAUUCAAGGCCUUAAGCUAAAGAAACUUGCGAUAGAUGAGCACAUCAAUUAAAGGAAGUGCUUGGUAAAUGUCAUGGUUAGGUAAUUUAAAGUCCUGGAAUAUGCUACAGCUACGGUCAUUUGCAUUUCCGUUGACACGCAUAAUGCUUGUGUUGAACGUAAAAAACCAUGUACGAUACAUAAUAAAGGUGAUUGACCAAUUUGCAUCUCGUUUUCAUUAUGCAUUUGGGUUGUACGUAGCAGAACAUGUACCUUACGUAAUAAACGGGAUUGACCAAUCACUGUAACGGGACAUGUGAUCAUUUGGCCCAGGUUGGCGUAUGUCGGUAUUUGCUGAAAGUUGCAGCCUCAGUGGAGAUGAACUGUACUCAUUGGUUACCAUGGAUGUAUUCAUUUAAACCCUCAGAUAGAUGUUGUUUUGAGCUACAAAUCUGUUAGUGCUGCUGUGAGGAUUGAAAUCUGGUUAAACUAUAAAAGCUAACUAAAUUGAUCUAGUGCCUUUGACUUGAUAUAUCACGUAACCUGGUUUUUCCAGGUUGCCCUCCUGUGUAUGAAAAAGGAAUGAGAAGUAACAUAUGUUAGUAGAAGAAAUUACAAAUUGUAGGAAGAAGUGUGAAGUGGAGACAAGAUAAAAGUCAGAUGCAGACAUCAAUGGUGACCGGCCUAAUAUUGCUCAAUGUCAACAACUAAUCCUGAUGUACAUUCAUGGAAAACAGCUAUGAAGAAAGAGAACUUGUGCCUUUAUGGUUUGCCAAAUGAGACUUGGGAGGUCACUCUUCCAGCUGAGGAAGUACCUCCUGAGCUUCCAGAACCCGCACUGGGGAUAAACUUUGCACGUGAUGGAAUGAUCGAAAAAGAUUGGCUGUCUCUAGUUGCAGUUCAUAGUGAUGCAUGGCUCCUGUCCGUUGCAUUCUACUUUGGUGCUCGCUUUGGAUUUGAUAAAGAGGCCAGGAGAAGGCUCUUCACCAUGAUUAAUAACCUGCCCACUGUUUAUGAAGUUGUGACGGGGGUUGCUAAGAAGCAAUCGAAAGCCCCCAAUGGCAGCAGCAAAAGCAGCAAAUCUAACUCUAAACCAUCAAAACAGACCAACUCUAACAGUAAGCCUGCGAAGCCAACCCACCCAAAAGAAGAGGAGGACAGCGGCCAUGAGGACGCAGAGGAGGAGGACCAGGCGUACCUGUGUGGGUCCUGUGGGGAGAGCUAUGCGAACGGGGAGUUCUGGAUCUGCUGCGAUGUCUGCGAGAAGUGGUUCCAUGGCAAGUGUGUCCGCAUCACCCCAGCGAAGGCGGAGCACAUCAAGCAGUACAAGUGUCCCAGCUGCAGCACCAAGCGGAGCCGGGAAUGACCGGCAACCCUGGCCUGGGACAGGACUUGCUCCCAGUUAACGGAAGCAUUUAGAAUCAUUAGGAGCAGUGAAGCGGUGUGUCAUUAGAACCGCUUCACCUGUUUAGCAGACCGGUGCUUGUGCCGGCUGUUGUAUGUCUCGUCGUGUUGUAAACUGGUAAGGGACAUGGUAGCUAGUGGUGAUGUGUUGUGUUAGCAGGCUGACUGCUGUCAUCGUAGUGUCGGAUGAACUGCUGGAGUUUGGAAACUCAUGUUCAGUAAUUAAGUGCUGCUUAGUGUGUAUGAUAAUUUCCUCCUGUUUAUCA